GCGUGGGGCCGCGCGCUAGGGUGGUGGUACCUGAGGCCGGAUCCCAGGGGCCGGUGGUGUCGCCGCUGCUCCCGAAAGGGCAGGGAGUGAAACUAUGUAGCCUUUUAAGAGUCUCACUUUGCCCCAUCUGAAGUCCAUAUGGCUCUUUAUGAUGAAGAUCUCCUGAAAAACCCUUUCUACCUGGCCCUUCAAAAGUGGCGUCCUGACUUGUGCAACAAGGUGGCCCAACUUCAUGGCAUUGUCUUAGUACCCUGCAAAGGAAGCCUAACAAGCAAUGUUCAGUCUACUUGUCAGUUUGAGUCCUAUAUUUUGAAACCAGUGGAAGAUCACUUUCAGACCUUAAAUGGAAAGGAUGUCUUUAUACAAGGAAACAGGAUUAAAUUAGGAGCUGGUUUCGCCUAUCUUCUCUCAGUGCCCAUUCUCUUUGAAGAAACUUUCUACAACGAAAAAGAAGAAAGUUUCAGCCUGCUGUGUAUAGCGCAUCCUUUGGAGAAGAGAGAGAGUUCAGAAGAGCCUUCAACACCCUCAGAUACCUUUUCCUUGAAAACCAUUGAAGAUGUGAGAGAGUUUUUGGGAAGACACUCGGAGAGAUUUGACAAGAACAUUGCCUCUUUCCAGCGAACAUUCAGGGAAUGUGAAAGAAAGAGCCUCCGUCAUCACAUAGACGCAGUGAAUGCGCUCUACACCAAAUGCCUCCAGCACCUUCUGAGGGACUCUCACCUGAAGAUGCUUGCCAGGCAUGAGGCCCAAAUGAACCUGAUGAAGCAGGCGGUAGAGAUGUACGUCCAGCACGAUAUUUAUGAUCUGAUCUUUAAAUAUGUGGGGACCAUGGAGGCAAGUGAGGAUGCUGCCUUUAACAAAAUCACAAGAAGCCUUCAAGAUCUUCAGCAGAAAGAUAUUGGUGUGAAACCUGAGUUCAGCUUCAACAUACCUCGUGCAAAGAGAGAACUGGCUCAGCUCAACAAAUGUACCUCCCCACAGCAGAAGUUGGUUUGUUUGCGAAAGGUGGUGCAGCUAAUUACACAGUCUCCUAGCCAGAGAGUUAACUUGGAGACUAUGUGUGCUGAUGAUCUGCUAUCAGUCCUGUUAUAUUUGCUUGUGAAAACAGAGAUACCUAAUUGGAUGGCAAAUUUGAGUUAUAUCAAAAACUUCAGAUUUAGCAACUCGACAAAAGAUGAAUUGGGAUACUGCCUGACCUCAAUUGAAGCUGCAAUUGAAUAUAUUCGGCAAGGAAGCCUCUCUGUUAAACCGCUGGAGUCUGAGGGAUUUGGUGACAGACUGUUCCUUAAGCAGAGAAUGAGCUUACUGUCUCAGAUGACUUCAACUCCCAUUGACUGCCUGUUUAAGCACAUUGCUUCAGGUAACCAAAAAGAAGUGGAAAGACUUCUGAGCCAAGAAGACCAAGAUAAAGAUGCCAUCCAAAAGAUGUGCCACCCCCUGUGCUUCUGUGAUGACUGUGAGAAACUUGUCUCUGGGAGGCUGAAUGAUCCUUCAGUUGUCACUCCAUUCUCCAGAGAUGACAGGGGUCAUACACCACUCCAUGUGGCUGCCCUCUGUGGGCAGGCAUCCCUCAUCGACCUCCUGGUUUCCAAAGGCGCUGUGGUGAACGCCAUGGACUAUCACGGCUCAACUCCACUUCAUCUUGCAUGUCAGAAGGGCUAUCAGAGCGUGACGCUGCUGCUGUUGCACUACAAGGCCAGCACUGAUGUGCAGGACAAUAACGGCAACACCGCUCUCCACCUGGCCUGCGCUCACGGCCACGAAGACUGUGUGAAGGCUUUGGUCUACUAUGAUGUGCAGUCAUGCAAACUAGAUAUUGGUAAUGAGAAAGGAGACACUCCCCUACACAUAGCUGCACGCUGGGGUUACCAGGGCAUCAUAGAGACGUUGCUACAAAAUGGAGCAUCCACAGAGAUCCAGAACAGAAUGAAAGAAACGCCCCUCAAGUGUGCAUUAAACUCAAAGAUUCUGUCUAUAAUGGAAGCCCGUCACAUAUCCUUCGAAAGGAGACAACAGUCUUCAGCGGUCCCUGUGCCACCCCCUCAACACUCCAGGGAUUCCAUCAGCCAGAGGUCCUCCGCCUCCAGCUCCUCCUCUGUGUCCGCCAGCUCCAGACAAAGGGAGCCCAAGAAGGACUACAGAGAGGUGGAAAAACUUUUAAGAGCAGUUGCUGAUGGAGAUUUAGAAAUGGUGCGUUACCUUUUGGAGUGGACAGAGGAGGACGUGGAGGAUGUGGAGGAUGCUGUCAGUGCUGCAGAUCUUGAAUUUUGUCACCCCUUGUGCCAAUGCCCAAAAUGUGCUCCAGCUCAAAAGAAGCUGGCAAAGAUUCCUGCCAGUGGGCUCGGUGUGAAUGUGACCCACCAGGACGGCUCCUCCCCACUGCACAUUGCUGCCCUGCAUGGUCGGGCGGACCUCAUCCCCCUCCUUUUGAAGCAUGGUGCCAAUGUGGGUGCCAGAAACGCCAACCAAGCUGUCCCACUCCACCUGGCCUGCCAGCAAGGCCACUUUCAGGUGGUGAAGUAUCUACUAGACUCCAAGGCAAAACCCAAUAAAAAGGAUGUAAGUGGAAGCACACCCCUCAUUUACGCCUGUGCCAGUGGCCACCAUGAAGUUGCAGCGCUGUUGCUACAGCACGGGGCCUCCAUUAAUGCCUCUAACAAUAAGGGCAACACAGCCCUGCAUGAGGCUGUGAUAGAGAAGCAUGUCUUCGUCGUGGAGCUGCUGCUGCUACACGGAGCAUCGGUUCAGCUUUUGAACAAGAGGCAGUGCACCGCUCUAGACUAUGCUGAGCAGAAUUCAAAAAUAAUGGAAUUACUGCAGGUAGUACCAAGCUGUGUGGCCACGUUAGAUGAUGUUGGCGAAACAGACCCCAAGGAGUACGUUACUGUUAAGAUCAGGAAAAAAUGGAACUCAAAAAUGUAUAAUCUACAAGAUGAACCUUUUACAAGACAGUUUUACUUUGUCCACUCAGUUGGUCAGUUUAAGGGAAGGACUUCAAGGGAGAUUAUGGCAAGAGAUAAAAGUGUCACUAAUUUCCCUGAAGAGUCUUUACAUGAGCCAGGAAGGCAAAAAGUUGCACAGAAGCAGAAGAACCUAUCAGACCUGAGCACAUCGCAGACUGACAAAGGAGACGGUGACCAGCCGAGGCCUGGACUGAAACAAACUGCUCCUGGGAACAGGCGAAUGCUCCGGAGACACAAUGUCAAGGACGCAGGCACCGAAGGCCCAGAGACUGCUGACAACCCAACCACUCCCCACGAGGCUAGUAUUCCCCAGUCUUGAUAGGAAUAAGGAAUUAAAUUUGCUACCUAGAAGUGAGUCCUUAACAAGAUGCCGAGCAUGAACACAGACAGCAUAGAACUAAACGUACUUUCUGUUUGGCUUAAGAGAAAGCAGAAAGUUCCUGAAAGCUUUCCUGUGGCUCAAAGAAUACAACAAAGAAAAAAAUCACCAUCCCUUUCCUCUUCAGAGCUAAUGAAUGCCCUUGAAAAGGAAUAGACAAAAAUUCCAGGGGUGUCAGUUCCUUAAGACUGGGGUGUUUUUGUUUUUUUUAAAUAUAUUUUUAUUGAUUUCAGAGAGGGAGGGAGAGAUAGAAACAUCAAUGAUGUGAGGGAAUCAUUGAUUGUCUGCCUCCUGCACGUUGGAUUGAGCCCGCAACCCAGGCAUGUGCCCUUGACCGGAAUCGAACCUGGGACCCUUCUGUCUGCAGGCUGACACUCUAUCCACUGAGCCAAACCGGCUAGGGCUGGGGUGUUUCUUCUUUAAAAAAAUGUUUUUAUUGCUUUAGAGAGACAUGAAGGAAGAAAAACAUCAAUUUGUUGUUCUACUUGUUUAUAUAUUCACUGGUUGCUUCUUGUAUGUGCCCUGACCAGAGAUCCUUGGCAUGUCGGGACAAUGCUCUAACCAACUGAGCUACCCAGCUAGAGCUGUUUAUUCUUAAGUAUUAGGGUGCCUUGGUUAUAGUGAGAUGUUUCAUCACCAGAUUCUGUCCUCCUCCUGAAAGGUGCUAAACCUCUGUCACCUAUAUAAAUUAACAAACCACAAGCUAAAAGAAUUCCUCUACCUGGGAUGAGCUGAAGAGAAGUAAUUUAAGUUUUAUGGUACUACUAGAGGCCCAGUGCACAGAAUGUGUGCACUGGUAGGGUCCCUAGUGGCUGCUGGCUGCCAGCCGGGGCCUUCCUUUGUUCCACACCGCCCCCCUGGUGGUCAGCAAACAUCAUAGCAAGCGAUCAAACUCCUGGUCCGUGGAACUCCCCAGGGGACACUUUGCAUAUUAGGCUUUUAUAUAUAUAGAUGGAGGCCUGGCAGAAAUGUCACAUUUGAAUGAAGAAAAUAGGACCUGGAAAAUGUUCCUUUGAAAAGCAACACUUGAACCCAAAGAUGCCUAAACGCCAUUUUGAUGUUCAUUUUCGUAAAAAGGACAUAUACAAUCUAUUCUACACUAUGUAUGUGGGAAAAGGUGGGUAUAAUUUUUCUUACAACAAAAUACAGCUAUUUGGUCACUGCACAUGUGCACCUGAGAAACAUCCCUCUCUGUUAAGAACCUUUCCUUAAAUGUCACCCUUGAAGGAUGGUGGUAAUAGAAAAUAGAUUUGGCACAUCUUUUCUUAGUUUUUAUUUUUUAGAGAGAGAACGAGAAAGAGAUCAAUUUGUUGUUCCACUUAUUUAUGUAUUCAUUGGUUGAGUCUUGUAUGUGCCCAGACUAGGGAUUGAACCUGCAACCUUUGCAUAUGGGGACAACACUCUAACCAACUGAGCUACUCCAGCCAGGGAUUUAUUCUGUCUUUUGAUCAGAUUCAAAACUUACAGCACAAACCAGGUCAAAGUAACUUUGAGUUAGAAAUUAUUGCCACUUAUUCCUUUUUAUGAGUUUCUACUAAUUAUACUUUUAUUUUUUUAUUAAUUGGUCUAGAUCCAAAACAUGGGUUUAUCCUGAGUACAUUUUCAAAUAACUUUGUAAUAGGGAAAGGUUUUGUGCAUGUUCUUAGAAAUACUUGUGUAUGUACAAAAGGGAGGGGCUGAUUAUUUUUCUACAAAAUAAUUUAUGACUUCUAAUUUUCUAAUGUGCCUUGGGUAUGUGCCAAAUGAUGGAAAAGAAACAGUAAACUUUAUGAUUCUU